GUUCAUCCCGCACCUGCUUUCAACCCUAGUCAUUUUUUGCGAUUGAUAUACAACCCUAAGAGCUAUCGAGGACUCCUGUCCCUGCAAAGCGCGAACACAAGAUCAGGCCUAACCAAACUCCUCGCAAGCGGGCGAUAAAGGCGCUAGGGCUUUCUCAUAUCUCUCAUCUCUCACCUCCAUAAGUUACUUUACGUUCUCUCUUACCCUUCCAAGAAACCUUCUUCCUCCCGAAUCGAAAGGAUGUCAGAGGGACCUUUCGUGCCGAGGGAGAGGCUUUACAAGCUACAACAGUAUUUUCAGAACGCUCAUAAGCAUACUUACCUGAAGGGGCGUUAUGAUGCAAUAACGUCUGUUGGUAUACCUCUAGCACUGGCUGCCUCAUCCUUAUUUCUGAUUGGGCGUGGAAUCUAUAACAUGUCUAAUGGAAUCGGAAAAAAAGAAUGAAAUGAAAAUUCUUAUUUCACUUUUGUUUUGGUUCCUGCUCAGCUUUUACAAAAGUCUGCUCAACUUUGUUUUAUCAGUUUGCAAAAAUGUUGUGCUUGAAAUGCUCAAAUUUGGCAUUAUAAUACAUGCUUGCCAUUGUUAUUUAGCUUUCUACUUGGAGUAUUUUGUUUGUUAAGAAUUUAUAAAUUGUUCUUUGUUUUUUGCCCCUUUGGAGUUUAUUGUUGCCUGUUUUACUUUGGUCUUUCCGAGAUUGUAAGACAUCUUGGUAUGCUUUCUAUUGGACAAUCAAAUACUGUAGUGUGGUUUGAGUUGGACAA